AUGGGAUCAUCAAGGCGAAUUGGGCGAACGGAUGGGCAAGCUGAGCGCAAAGGGCUUGGGCUCAUUCGGAUGUGGUUCUACGAGGACCUCACGUCGGAGGUCAGGACGAUUCGGGCGACGUGGUUAUUUCUGGACAACGCGUGGCGUGUGCUUUCUAGCCAAGCAGAUGCGCGACCAGCAAAGCCGGAGUUUUGUUGCGAAGGCCACAUCGCUCAGUCCUUCUUCUUCUUCCUCUUCCUCCUCCUUCUCCUCCUCCCUCUUCCGCCUUAUAUCUACCCUCCCUCUGCCCGCCAUGUCCCCUCAUCAUACCUGCUAACACACGCCCAAUCCUCCUCUCCUCGGCGACCAGCCCCUCUCAGGCUCACCAAGCUCGCCCCUGGACAGCCCCUGCUCGUCGUUCGCCUCAUCUUCCCCCUCAUCCCAUCCCCGUCACCCUCCCCUCGUCGCACCACCAUGUACAGGACAUACUGUCCGUGUCCUCGACCCAUCCUCAAACGUCCUGCGACAGAAUCCGACCUCCCCACCACCUCCGUCGCUCGAGACGAGCCAGCUGAGCUCCUCGCCAUCGACCGCGGUGUCCUCCAACCCGUCGUCCGCUUCCCCUCAAAACCCACCCUCUCCAAAACGUUCUCCGUCGACUCUGCUGCCCAGUAUGACCGCUCGCCCAUCGUAGUCCAACCUAAUCGCUGUGCUCUCCCCGCCCGCGGCUGCCCAGGUCGCACCUACGCCGUCGACGACGAGCUCCAUUCCCGCAUGCCCCCCUCCCCCUCUCCGUCCGCCCGCUCUGGUCGCCACCAACAUCCUCGUGCCUCGCCGUCGUACCCCCACCAGCGCGACGACGACGAUGCCGAGGACGACGACCUCACCCCCCGCGCAACCCCCGUCGCAACGAUGCCCGUCCUCCCUCCCCUUAUCCCCGAUCUAUCUUCCGAGUCUGACGAGAGCGACGGCUUCGCGAGUCCUGCCCCUGACUAUGCUGUCCCUGCUGCCGCGUAUGGUCGCACAGGCCUUGCCAUGUCACGUACCAAAGCACACGGCGCGGACUCGCUCGGACUGAGCUUCUCGGCGAUGCAGCUCACAAACUCGCCCAGUGCGCUUGCAUUUCUCCCGCAUCCGCCCUCGCCCCGCAUGCGCACGUCGCCAUCUGCUCCCGGUCACCCGCCAGAGCAGCUCGAUGAGCGCGCGCGCACACGCCACCGCCUCUCGUCAGCCGCUCGUUCGUCGUCGCCCUCGUCGACGAGUCCCAACCGACAGAACUGCUGUAGUAGUCCCACGCGGAGACGUCAUCGUCCGCGGGCGAGCGCAAGUCCGGAUGCGCUGCGCGGGCGGUACAAGGCGUUGUCGGAGAAGAGCGCCCUGAGCGGAUGCACGCUUGCCGUGCUCGACCAGGGUUGCCUGGGGGGCUUCUGA